UCCAUUUUUUGGAUAUUCUAAAAAAACCAAGAAGUCGAGUUGGAUCGUUUCAAUUCCUUUCCAUUUGGAUUCUAUCCGUUUGUUUUGUUGCAAAUUCAAAUUUGAGUAUUAAAUUCGAUUCCCACCUUUUUUGUUUCUUCCUAACAGGUAUUUCCUAUACGGGGUUGGUAAAAAAAUUUCAUGUGAUUCGGUAAAAGCAACAACAAUUCCAUUAUUGCUAAUUUUAUUCAUGUUAUUCGAUGAAUAAUGAGACAGCAAAUGAUGGGACAUUUUCUAAAAAAUACAAGGGGAAAAUAAAAAUGAUUGGGGGUGAAAAUGCGGGAAUGUCUACAAUACCGGGAUUGAAUCAGAUACAAUUUGAAGGGUUUUGUAGGUUCAUUGAUCGGGGCUUAAGAGAAGAACUUUAUAAGUUUCCAAAAAUGGAAGAUCUGGAUCAAGAAAUCGAAUUUCAAUUAUUUGCGGAAACAUACCAAUUGGUAGAACCCUUGAUAAAAGAAAAAGAUGCUGUAUAUGAAUCACUUACAUAUUCCUCUGAAUUAUAUGUAUCUGCGGGAUUAAUUUGGAAAAACAAUAAGGAUAUCCAAGAACAAACAAUUUUUAUUGGAAAUAUUCCUCUAAUGAACUCCUUGGGAACUUCUAUAGUAAAUGGAAUUUAUAGAAUUGUAAUCAAUCAAAUAUUGGAAAGCCCUGGUAUCUAUUAUCGGUCAGAAUUGGACCAUAACGGGAUUUUGGUCUAUACUGGCACUAUAAUAUCGGAUUGGGGAGGGAGAUUAGAACUAGAGAUUGAUAGAAAAGCAAAGAUAUGGGCUCGUGUCAGUAGGAAACAGAAAAUAUCUAUUCUAGUUCUACUAUCAGCUAUGGGUUUGAAUUUAAACGAAAUUCUAGAGAAUGUUUGCUAUCCCGAACUCUUCUUGUCUUUCUUGAAUGAAAAGGAAAAAAAAAAAAUUGGGUCAAAAGAAAACGCCAUUUUGGAGUUUUAUCAACAAUUUGCUUGUGUAGGCGGAGAUCCUGUAUUUUCUGAAUCUUUGUGCAAGGAAUUACAAAAAAAAAUUUUUCACCAACGAUGUGAAUUAGGAAGGAUUGGUCGACGAAAUCUGAAUCGAAGAUUGAAUCUUGAUAUACCUCAGAACAAUACAUUUUUGUUACCACGAGAUAUAUUGGCAGCUGCCGAUCAUUUGAUUGGAAUGAAAUUUGGAAUGGGUACACUUGAUGAUAUGAAUCAUUUGAAAAAUAAACGUAUUCGUUCCGUAGCAGAUCUCUUACAAGAUCAAUUCGGAUUGGCUCUGGUUCGUUUAGAAAAUAUGGUUAGAGGAACUAUAUGUGGAGCAAUUAGACUUAAAUUGAUACCGACUCCUCAGAAUUUGGUGACUUCAACUCCACCAACAACUACUUUUGAAUCUUUUUUUGGAUUACAUCCAUUAUCUCAAGUUCUGGAUCGAACCAAUCCAUUGACCCAAAUAGUUCAUGGUAGAAAAUUGAGUUAUUUGGGCCCCGGAGGGGUGACGGGGCGAACUGCUAGUUUUCGGAUACGAGAUAUCCAUCCUAGUCAUUAUGGACGCAUUUGUCCAAUUGAUACGUCUGAAGGAAUCAAUGUUGGACUUAUUGGAUCUCUAGCUAUUCAUGGGAGAAUUGGUCGUUGGGGGUCUAUAGAAAGUCCAUUUUAUGAAAUUGAUAAGAGAUCAAAAAGAAUACGGAUGCUUUUUUUACCACCAAGUAGAGAUGAAUACUAUAUGGUAGCUACAGGAAAUUCUUUAGCACUGAAUCGAAGUAUUCGGGAGGAACAGAUUGUCCCAGCGCGAUAUCGUCAAGAAUUUCUGACUAUUGCAUGGGAAGAGGUUCAUCUCCGAAGUAUUUUCCCCUUUCAAUAUUUUUCUAUUGGAGCUUCGCUCAUUCCUUUUAUCGAGCAUAAUGAUGCGAAUCGAGCUUUAAUGAGUUCAAAUAUGCAACGUCAAGCAGUUCCGCUUUUUCGGUCCGAAAAGUGCAUUGUGGGAACGGGAUUGGAACGCCAAGUAGCCUUAGAUUCGGGGGCUUCCGCUAUAGCGGAACACGAGGGAAAGAUCUUUUAUACCGAUACUGAAAAGAUCCUUCUAUUGGGCAAUGGGGAGACUUUAAACAUCCCAUUGGUUAUGUAUCAAGGUUCUAAUAAAAAUACUUGCAUGCAUCAAAAACCUCAAGUUCAACGCGGUAAAUGCAUAAAAAGGGGUCAAAUUUUAGCGGACGGUGCUGCUACAAUUUGCGGCGAACUUGCUUUGGGAAAAAACAUAUUAGUAGUUUAUAUGCCAUGGGAGGGUUACAAUUCUGAAGAUGCUGUACUCAUCAGCGAACGUCUGGUCUAUGAAGAUAUUUAUACUUCUUUUCACAUACGGAAAUAUGAAAUUCAAACUCAUGUGACAAGCCACGGUCCUGAAAAAAUCACUAAGGAAAUCCCACACCUAGAAGCCCAUUUACUCCGAAAUUUAGACAAAAAUGGAAUUGUUACCCCCGGAUCUUGGGUAGAGACGGGCGAUAUUUUAGUGGGGAAAUUAACGCCUCAAAUGGUACAAGAAUCCUCGUAUGCCCCGGAAGAUAGAUUAUUACGAGCUAUACUUGGAAUUCAGGGCUAG